CGACGAUUAUAAAAAUAUCGUAACAUGUUCUAACUAUGUUGGCAUGUCACUCGUGGGUCCAUUCUAUGUCACGCGCCAAUCCCGCCUAGUUUGUGAUGUCCUUUUAAAAAAUAUUUUUGAUAGAUGCUCCACAAAAUUACUCUAUUUUUAGUACUCAAAAACUAUUUUAAGUCAGUGAUUUUCUGAACCAAUCAAAUCCCUUCCCACGGAUUGAUGACAUGGCGCUCAUCCAUCCAUCCAUCCAUCUCCAUCCCACAUCCAUCCAUCCAUCUAUCUACAGAAAAAAAAACUGAAAAAGAGAUACCCCACCCGCAACCCAAACCCUAUCUCAGAUCCCCCCAUCGCACCCUUCCUCACUCGUCCCCAUCUCCUCGCCGCCGCUGCCACCCCUUCUCGAUCCAGUCCUCUCCCCGCCGCUCCCAGCCAUCGUGCCGCCACCCUCCCUCCCCUUCCUCCCCGAGCACUGCCACCGGCCCAACCACAACACCACCCUGGCCUCCACCCCCUCACCGAUGAAGCUGAGGUGACGAUGGAGAUCCCGGACGACGCGACGUCCCAACUGCCCCAACACCAACGUUGCCGCGCUGUGGCCCGCCCUCGGUGGAUGAGCAUGGGCACUACGCGGGCUACACGGAUCCGGAGGCGGGGAACGGGGCUGCUCGCGGAGCUCGUCACCCAUCGCUUCUCUCCAUUCUCUUCCUGUGCCUCCUCCUCUCUGCCCUCGAUUCGAUCCCCCAAAACCGCCGUUGUUGGCCGCCGCCGACCUCCUCUCCUCUCCCCCACCACACCAGCGACCUCUUCUGCUCCAGCCCCACCAUCGACAUCCCGCCUCGCUCUGCUACCCGCCGCCGUCACCCCCACCCCACCUUCUCCUUCUCCUUGUCUUCCUAGGAGGAAGGCCGCAGAUCCAACCCCAAAUCCCCCACUGCAGCUCCCAAAUCUUCCGCGAGCACCUGGAGGCGUCCAGGAGGGCGUCGACGUCUUCGAGAGCAUCUUGAAAAAGGUCUACGACACCGAGGAUGCGAACCAGAAGGAGAAGUUCGAGGCCGACCUCAAGAAGAGGAUCAAGAAGCUGCAGCGCUACCGGGACCAGAUCAAGAAGGUAAUCCAGAACACAAGGCUAAGGGGAGGCGACGACAAGAAGAAGAUACAAGGUGAUUUUACAUGCAACCUCUUCAUCUCUACGCAAACACAAGCCAGAAAAGCUGUAGACCUCGCUUACUCAUCUGCUGUGAGAAAGAGAAUGCCGGGUGUGAUUAGUUCCGCAUCUGAAUUUGUGCACCCCGAUGAUAUUUAACUAAGCACAACAGAAUCCGUAAGCUUCCAGGUGCUCAUGGCAAGUAUAUCAUCUAUCUGCAGUGUUCUAAAGUAACCUUUCAGUAAUAUAUUUCUUGUUGUAAAAAAUUAAAAUACCGAUUUGCACUAAUAUAGGGCUCACUGUCGUGCUCUAAAGUAA